AUGACUGUGCCAUCGACACCUUCCUUCAAGAGGUACCUGGAACAGAUCUCCGGGGAUGGCAAAGCCAUCGGAGUCCUGACCAGCGGCGGGGAUGCCCAAGCCCGAAGAGAGAUCACCAGGCCGUCAAUUAAGUUGCAGAGUUCUGAUGGCGAGGUAUUUGAAGUCGAUGUGGAAAUUGCUAAGCAAUCUGUGACUAUCAAGACCAUGUUGGAAGAUUUGGGAGUGGAUGAUGAAGGAGAUGAUGAUCCAGUUCCUUUACUAAAUGUGAGUGCAGCGAUAUUAAAAAAGGUCAUUCAGUCGUGCACCCACCACAAGGAUGACCCUCCUCCUCCUGAGGAUGAUGAGAACCAAGAGAAAAGAACAGAUGAGAUCCCAGUUUGGGACCAAGAAUUCCUGAAAGUUGACCAGGGAACACUUUUUGAACUUAUUCUGGCUGCAAACUACUUAGACAUUAAGGGUUUGCUUGAUGUUACAUGCAAGACCAUUGCCAAUAUGAUCAAGGGGGAAACGCCUGAGGAGAUUCGCAAGACCUUCAAUAUCAAAAAGGACUUUACCGAAGAGGAGGAAGCCCAGGUGCGCAAAGAGAACCAGUGGUGUGAAGAGACGUGA